CCUCUCCGAUUUUACAUACCACUGGAAAAAAAAAAAAACACGAAACCCUAAAUUUCGUCGUAAUUGGCAGAGUCCGGCAACAGUUGAGCUCUUUGCUCAAAGCUAUUAUAGCUGAGAAGAGAAAUUCUAUGUGAAUAAUGUCAAAUCGGAAGUUCGGUAUUGAAGGAUUCGGCAUAAAUCGGCAAACUAGCUACAGUUUCGAGCGAUCUCAAGCACCUCAACGUCUCUACGUCCCUCCCUCGUCUCGCGGCGGAGACAACUCCGAAGAUGCCGAUCUAGAUAACAUUGAUUACAUAGAAAACGAAGAAGCAGAGGAAGACAUUGAGGAAGGCGGUUCUGCUGCGGCUAACGGUGGCGAGGAUGAUGAGAUCGAUCCAUUAGAUGCUUUUAUGGAGGGAAUUCACCAGGAGAUGAAAUCUGCUCCACCUCCUAAGCCAAAGGAGAAACUGGAAAGGUACAAGGACGACGAAGAUGACGAUCCUGUUGAGAGUUUCCUCAAGGCCAAGAAGGAUUUGGGGCUGACAUUAGCCGCCGAUGCGCUUAACGCAGGUUAUAACUCCGACGAGGAGGUUUACGCUGCAGCCAAGGCGGUGGAUGCAGGGAUGCUGGAGUACGAUUCCGAUGAUAAUCCGAUUGUUGUGGAUAAAAGGAAGAUUGAGCCGAUUCCAGCUCUGGACCAUAGCUCCAUCGAUUACGAACCAAUCAAUAAGGACUUUUACGAGGAGGUGGAAUCAAUAUCGGGAAUGAGUGAACAAGAAACUUCGGAUUACCGACAGAGAUUAGGAAUCCGUGUGUCGGGUUUUGAUGUUCAUCGGCCAGUUAAGACCUUUGAGGAUUGUGGUUUUUCCUCACAGAUUAUGAGUGCUAUCAAAAAGCAAGCUUAUGAAAAACCUACAGCAAUCCAAUGUCAGGCUUUACCUAUUGUGCUAUCUGGUCGAGAUGUUAUUGGCAUAGCCAAAACUGGUUCAGGUAAGACUGCAGCGUUUGUUCUUCCCAUGAUUGUUCAUAUAAUGGAUCAGCCGGAACUUCAGAAAGAUGAAGGUCCAAUUGGUGUCAUAUGUGCCCCAACCAGAGAAUUGGCUCAUCAAAUCUUCUUGGAAGCGAAGAAAUUUUCGAAAGCAUAUGGUUUACGAGUCUCUGCUGUGUACGGUGGAAUGUCUAAACAUGAACAGUUUAAGGAACUCAAGGCAGGUUGCGAGAUAGUUGUUGCUACUCCUGGAAGGUUAAUCGACAUGCUGAAGAUUAAGGCUUUGACAAUGAUGAGAGCCAGUUAUUUGGUUCUUGAUGAGGCAGAUCGGAUGUUUGACCUCGGUUUUGAGCCACAAGUAAGGUCUAUCGUUGGCCAGAUUCGUCCUGAUCGCCAGACUUUACUCUUUUCAGCCACUAUGCCUUGGAAAGUUGAAAAGUUAGCUAGGGAAAUCCUUUCAGAUCCUAUUAGAGUCACAGUUGGUGAAGUGGGGAUGGCCAAUGAAGAUAUUACGCAGGUUGUCAAUGUAAUACCUUCUGAUGCUGAAAAACUUCCCUGGCUACUUGAGAAGCUCCCUGGAAUGAUCGAUGAGGGUGACGUUUUAGUCUUUGCUUCUAAAAAAGCCACUGUUGAUGAGAUCGAAGCUCAGCUUACUCUAAAUUCCUUUAAAGUUGCUGCUCUUCACGGUGAUAAAGACCAAGCAUCACGAAUGGAAACUUUGCAGAAGUUCAAAUCUGGAAUCUACCAUGUGCUGAUUGCCACUGAUGUUGCUGCCCGAGGUCUUGACAUCAAAUCGCUUAAGACAGUUGUUAACUAUGACAUUGCAAGAGAUAUGGACAUGCAUGUACAUCGUAUUGGUAGAACUGGCGAAUUGGUGACUAGUCUGGUUGCAGCUGGUCAAAUUGUGCCUCCAGAACUCAUGGAUCUCGCCAUGAAGGAUGGACGAUUCAAGUCCAAGCGUGAUGGGAGAAAAGGAGGUGGUAAGAAAGGCCGAGGAGGAGGUGCUGCAAACAAAGGAGUACGUGGAGUUGAUUUUGGUCUUGGUAUUGGAUUUAGCUCGGAAUCUAGUGGGACACCAUCUUCUAAAGCUGCACCAAGUAGAAGCGGGACAAUCAAUUCAGUGAGAACUGGAGUAAUGGCCCAAUUCAAGAAUAGCUUUGUCGCUGCAACGCCAUCGAAUCCACAAAGCCAAGCUUAUCCAAACAAGAGACCAUCCCUAAUGGGCUUUGUCUCGGGUGGUACCAUUGGUGGGGACAUGGGUAGAACUCAGAGUCAAGCUCCCCCAGUAGCACCUACUCAAAACGCUUCAUUACAUAACUCGAGUCAGCAUCAUUUACAGAGUUCUGAGAAUCGGCCUAGAGAGAGGAAGAGGAGAUCUGGUUGGGAUAAUUGAUUAAGCCACGUUUUGCAUGAUAGUGGAAGUGUUUUGCAUGAACAAUGUAAUGAAUGUUGUAUAAUUUGUUUUAUCCUUCUCGUUUCAGCCUUCAAAUAUAUAAAUUUUCCA